AUGAACCUCUUGGAAACCCGGUUCGUCUCCCUCGGCAGAACCGUCAUCCAGCCUCUUUUCAAGGGAACCUGUGUAUACGAAACUCGGUGUCAAGUCUGUGGAUUCUGUUCUCAGCGGUUUUCCUCCUUUCUUGAGCUUGAUCUAAAGGUCUCCUCGAGCAACCUAGAGGACUGCAUUUCUCACUAUCUUGCUGAGGAGUUUUUGACUGGGGACAAUCGUUACGCCUGCCCCACCUGUUUAGAGAAGCGGGACGGUGUACGGCGCAUGCGCAUCACAGAGACACCCCUCAUGCUCUGCUUCCAACUCCUGCGCUUCACCUUCGAUGUACGCUCGGGUAGACGGGUCAAACAGAAGACACCCAUUCGACUGCCAGACAUCCUGGACAUGACAGAUUUCGUCACACCCACGGAACCGAACUCGACUUAUGGGAGGCGGAAGGGGAAGGGGGGAUAG